AUGACUACCGACUCAAUCUCUCUUAGCCCCGCAGCCGCUACGACACGGCUCAAUGCUGCUUCUCCUCGACCUGAUCAGGACUUGAGCAAGUCAGAAGAGGUUAAUGGAAAAGCACUUAAUGGUCAUGAAGCAUUAGAUCUUGCUGAUUCUACCCAGACUGUUGAACGCCUCGAAGCUACUCGACUUGAACAUGAGAGGCAGAGACUCGUUCAACGUGCUAGAUUCGAGCAACAAAUGUUGGAGCUUGAAGCAAGUCAGCUCGCCGAAGAACGACAGCUACUCAACGGCAAUACUCCUUCAGGUGAAGCUGCUUCUGCCCCUACUACACCUCCCGGUCGACUUCCCCAUGCUACUACAGCCUCUGUUCCAGAUGUUAAGGAAGCUCCAGCACCUAUCGGACCACCUGGACGAGAGGGACUCAAUGGAGCAAAGAGCAUGCCUGGGAGCAGAAGAACCAGCACCUACGGUGGAACAUUUGGAAUGGAGAAAUUGAGCUUAAGUGUCAUGGCGGAUGCUGGAAGAAGAGACUGGACCGAGGAUGAUGACGUCGAUGCGGAAGGUGCACAAAGCUCUGUAAAAUACCUUCAAAUGGGAGAUGAUGACCCUUUCCCCGGAAUCCCCAAGGAAUCCAAGCGACUUUCCGCCGCCUCUGCUGCCCUUGAUCUUGCCCCUCUUUCCCAAACCCCACCUCGUGCAUUCGGUUCUCGACCUUUUGAAACAUCUCUAAAGACCUCUGAAUGGCCUCAAUUUUCAGCGGCACCAGGUCCCAACACUGCUACUACCGCUCGAGGGAUGACAUCGCCUCUUCCUGGACAAGGUAUAAUGAGCGAUGACGGACGGGAUGCUAUGCUAGGAAGCAGAAAGACCUCACCUACUGGAAUGGCAGACAGUAUUGCCAGUCUUCCUGCUAUGCCUAGCAAAUCUGUACCUGCUACACCUUUCGGUUUCAACGGAAUGAGCAAUCCCAAGAGGGGGCCAGCCCCAGGAGAGAAUGUUAGUGAGGGCUUGAGUCAAGCACAAAGAGGUUUCUCCAACCCUGAUUUGGCUAGAGCUUUCGGUAAAGUCGGUGGAGGGUUUUCGAUGAAUGAAGCACCUAGACCUUAUGACGCUUAUAACGCUUUCCCUCCUGCGGGCAACGUCAAUGCUGCCUUCAACCCUCAAGCCGCUUACGAUCCUUACGGCUUCGAUGAUGAUGGAUACGGUUCUGGUUCUCUUUACCCAGGUGGCUCUAUCGGUUUGAAAAACAAGCGAGCUGAUCAAGACAGAGAGUUCAACCGAUUUACCGGCGUUCGAAUCGAAGAUCUCAAGGGGGAAUUACUUGGACUUUGCAAAGAUCAACACGGUUGUCGAUACCUCCAAAAGAAAUUAGAAGAUGGAGACUCCAAACAUCGUGAUAUGAUCUUCAAUGAAACUUAUGGUCAUUUCCCUGAACUCAUGACUGAUCCUUUCGGUAACUAUCUUUGUCAAAAACUCUUGGAAUACUCUACCGAGGAACAGCGAUCAGCCAUCAUCGAUUCGGUUGCCAACGACCUUGUUGGUAUCUCACUCAACAUGCAUGGAACUCGAGCUGUACAAAAAAUGGUCGAUUUCCUUGCACAACCUAGACAAGCUAAACAAAUCAGAACUUUGAUCAUGGCUUUGAGUUUGAAUGUCGUUGCUUUGAUUAAAGAUUUAAACGGGAACCAUGUUAUUCAAAAAUGUCUCAACAAGCUCAUUCCCGAAGACAAUCAAUUCAUCUAUAAUGCCAUUGCAGCCAACCUCAUUGAAGUAGCAACUCAUCGACAUGGAUGCUGCGUUUUGCAACGAUCCAUCGACCAUGCAUCUCCCGCACAAAGAAUGCAACUUGUCACCGAAAUCAUCUUCAACUCACUUUACCUUGUUCAAGAUCCCUUCGGCAACUAUGUCAUCCAGUACAUCCUUGACUUGAACGAUGCAAGAUUCUCAGAACCACUCAUCAGAACUUUCAUCGGCAAUGUCUGCAGUUUGUCUGUACAAAAAUUCUCGUCCAACGUCGUAGAGAAAUGUGUUCGAGUAGCCGACCCAGAGGUUAGAAAAGGAUUAGUAGGCGAAUGCCUGAACAGAUCUCGUCUUGAAAAACUGCUCAGAGACAGUUACGGAAAUUACGUUAUCCAAACUAUUUUGGAUUACUGUGAUAUUGGUCAACGAAUGCUCCUUGUCGAGCUCAUUCGACCCAUCCUUCCAUCCAUCCGAAACACGCCUUACGGCAAACGAAUUCAAUCCAAACUCGCUCGAGAAGACGCCUCUUUCAGCCCGUACGGCCAAGGCAACGGCUACGGCGGCGGUGGAGGCGGCGGUGGUGGAGGUGGUGGUGGCCGAGGAGGUUACGGUCGAGGUGGAUAUCACGGUUCCAACCGAGGACACAUCGGGCGACCUCAACUUCAACACGUCAACGCUCUGACUGAUAUUUACGGUGGAGGAGGACCAUUCAUGCAAUACGGUGGAGGACAACAACACAUGCACCCUGGACAAGCUCACUUCCACCGAGAAGGAGGACCUGGAGGCCCCGGUGGACCUGGCGGACCACCACCCCCUCAAAUGGGACCUACUCACACUGGAAUGAGCUAUCACGCUCCUGGACCUGACGGUCAACCAUGGUUACACCUUCGAGGUCCUGCCGGCGGUCCCGCUCCCAAUUGGCAUUUAGGCCAAGAUGGUCAAAACGGUCCUGGAAUGCCACCUCAAUCUUCAUCCGGCGACGUGAACGGUGAACAACUUCUUCAGGAUGAUGGUAUGAUGUUACAGGGUGUCGGAGCUGGUCCAGGUGGUCCAUGGCAAGACCCAACAAAUGGUGCAGGAUUCGUUCCUUACCACAAUGGCCCUUCUCACAUACCUCAAAUGAUGUAA